GCCAUUUUGGCUCAAGCCAUUUGCGCUCAAGCCGCCGAGCAGCCCUCCGACUUAGAAGCGUGCGUCCGAGCCCGAGCCCGGCGUGUGCACCGCCAGUUUCACCCGCAACCGGAGCGGGCGGAGCUUCCCGAUGACUCAGGACACGGCCGAGACACGCCAGCUGAUUUCGGGGAAGGGGGAGGAGCACCCCGCGACCGAGCCCGACGGGGGCGAGCACCCCGCACGCUCGCGCGACUUUGCUGGCGCGAUCGUCAACAACAUCCGGCUGGUUCGGCAGGACUUCGAGCCGCAGCCCUUCCCCGACAGCUUCUUCAAGAGGCCCGUGGUGGUCGCCUUCGUCGUGCUAUAUGCGAUCACUGGCGUCGGGGUCCCACUCUACUUGUUUCGCAGCCACUACGAUGACCUGCGCGGCAGCGGGGAUGCUCAUUCGAUCUUUGAGGAUGAUUGGCAUAAGCAUCGGGUCGCCAAGGCAUACCUCUGCUUUAUCCCAGCGACUCUGUUAGCCAUCCCAGUGUUCUCGCCCGCACUGGCGACGGCGUCAGUUAUGCCGUAUUUGCUAAUCGUAGUUUUCGCUGUCAAGGAGGCCGUCAAUCAGGUGGUCAAAGACGACUUCAAGCAUUUCUUGAUUCGCGCGCUCAGCAAUCUCCUCGCCACCCUUUGCGCCCUGUCAUAUCUGCGCUUCAUGGAUUACCUGGAUCACAUCGUCCACCAGAUUAUGGUGUGCGAGCAUUCUCUUCUUGAGGAGAAGCCUGUCAAGAAGAUGAAGGGUAUCCUCCACAGCGUUGGCCUUACCCGUACUGGCAACCCCACGGCGGACAAGUUCAUGGCAGCGAGCACACAUAAUCGUGGCAUCGCAGACGUGGUCUAUGAGAAAGUCUGGCACCCGCUCAGGAGCGGCUCCAAUAUUGUUGUGGUCAUUUCUUACAUAUCCUACACCCUCGUCUCCGAGUAUGCGGGUGCGGUGCUGGUGGGCGGAUUCGUGUACUACUUCGUGACUGCGGCGUGCUUAGGCUACAAAUUCUGGGAUCAAGCCGUAACGCUGAUCAAGGGUCGGCGGAUUUGGACGCACAAGCCCUUCUUCGUCGGAGACUUGGUGACCAUAAAACGGAUGGGCCGCGGCGCAGAUACUGGCAUCGAUGGCUUCGUUGAGCACGUCACACUCAGCUAUGUGCUGAUUAGGACUUUCGACUAUAAGCAGACAUACCUGCCACUCUGCGAACUGCUGGAUUCCGUGAUCCAGAACUGGUCCCGGCGGCCGACUAAGCCGUUGCUGAUGAAUUUCACGGCCAGCCCAUCUUCGAACCCAGAGAAAGUCAACGAGCUCGUCAGUUUCGCCAAGCGCUGGAUCGACGAAAGCCAGAAUGUCCUCCAGAGUGGGUACAAGAAGUGCUGCUUGAGCGGCUUUUCGCAUGGCUUCGAAAUCAAAGUCAUUUGUUCACCUGGUAUCGGCAAGAAGAAGAGAGAGCUUCAGCAAUCAUUCAUCUUAGCAGUCACAGCGCAGGCGGAGAAGCUAAAUGUGACCCUUGCCUCCGAGGACGCGGCCUCCGUGUUUUUGCCAGACGAGAUGAUUUCAAACAAGUCGAAGUGAGUUUCGGCCAGAAGCCGUGGACUGAGUUCGAAAAGUACAGAGUUACUCCAACUAAAUUUGCAGUGCGCAGGUAGCCGGAAGCGGAAGGAGCACCAUAUUUAGCGCAGGCGGGGCUUCUUAUACGUGGGCCUCGUUCUGAGAUGACCUUCAAGGGGGAUGAUGGGGAAUUGUUCUCUAACCAGUGCUUGCACUUAGGGCUUCCUACAUUACUUGUGUAGACUACGCAUCCACCGUACAUGACUUAGUGUUUGGGGUCACUGUCGGCUGAAAUGCUUCAACUCAAUAGGCACCAUUUCUUGGUAAGUCCAGGGCUGCACAGGCUCCACUGCAGUUAAUUCAGGCGUGGCGCAUCACGAACUGACCUUGAAUGCUUGCUACAGGCAGGUCUUCCUGCAUCAACGUCGUUCUCGUGACGUUCACCCUCCACCUGAUUUUUCUCCUCUGGCACAUCCUCGCCCUCCAACUCGUGACGCGCCGUUUUCUCUUCCAGCUUUUGUUGUACCGUCGCCACAGAGGGAGUUCACGAGCAGUUUUCCAUUUGAGAAAGGUGGAACGGUUGUCUGAGCCAUUCGGACCUGGAUUUUUUCAGAGCCGAUUCAGCACCCGCGAAUUCCGCUUGACUUUGACUGUGCAGAUGGAACAUCGCACAGCUGGCACCAUUGAACACAAUAGUGCACUCAAUAGAUGUUGCUUUCAUUUAGAGGCUUGAGCAGCCUCUCAGACACGACCUGCUUUCGGAUCCAAUCACGACUCCAAAGCUUUCAGAGUCGAUUGGCGAUAGGCGUCCGAAUCAGCAGAAUACGUGUAGCUGUUGCGCCUGCAGCGCGCUGAAGGGAGACCAAGAAUGGUGAAAGCGGCCUUCCUGUGGCUCGAAGAAAAACAUUGAG